AUGUCCUCUUCAAUCCUGCCACCCGCGUGGUACGGGCUUGCUAUGUCAUACAAAUCCGAAGGAUACCUGAUCAUAUACAUUACACCGUACAAGAGGCUACCUGGUCCAAAUUGGCGCAGUCUUCCAGUUGACACGUUCAAGAGAGGCGUCGGGGCCGUUUCCUACGUUAUGCGUGAUAGUAUACAGAAAGAGAUUUACGACCUGGAAGUAUACUUGUUCGGUAACAAAGCAGAGGUCGAAGGGCGGUGGCGUGAGAUUAAGAGUGCACAGAGGCAAUGGUUAUACGUCAUGUAUCCCGUGGGAUUCGACACCAGCAAGAUUGACCCUAAGUACUGGGGCUCACCUGAUGAUCCCAACAUGACCGGUUCGCAGAUGAGACUAUUGGAAAUCCAGAGAAACUUGUUCAAGUUGAUCUUCAAGGCCAAUACACAGGACAACGCACUACAAGCCAAGGUGUUCAUGGCAGUACAAAAGGCAGUGCAAGAAAUCGAGGAAUUCGAGGCGGGAGCUGCAGAUAGCGAUAACCAAGCAGAUGACAGUCAAGAAAGCGAGGUCUAG